CAUUUUCAUACUAUUAUUACAAAGUUAUAGAGAAACCAUGGCUUCAACAAAACCUCACAUGUACUUUUCCUUCAUUUUCAUUGUUUUCAUCUCUUUUGAUUUAUGUUACAGCUUUUUCCCACAUAAUGAUAUUAAUAAACCACCCCCUCCUUUUGCUCAUGAUAAGUCUAGACCAUUCCCUAGUUUGUCCUUCACAACCAGUACCAUUAAAGAUAUUGAUUCCAAGUUCAAUAACAUGAUCAAUUUAAGAGCUCCUAUUCCGCGUAGAAAAUUGGCCGCUUCCGUUCAAACAGUUAAUGUUAUUGAUUUUGGAGCUAGAGGGGAUGGAAAAGAUGAUACAUUGGCUUUUAAAAAGGCGUGGGAGAGAGCUUGUUCUUCUAAUGUUGCAGCACGUCUUGUUGUGCCAAAAAACAAAUAUCUUGUUAAACCAAUCAGGUUCACCGGACCAUGCAGAUCUCAUCUUACGUUGCAGAUUUAUGGAAGCAUAGAAGCAUCUAACGAUCGAAAAGACUAUAAAGGAGAUGAUAGGCACUGGAUUGUUUUUGAGAGUGUUCAAAAUCUAAUAGUUGAUGGUGGUAAAACUGGAACCAUCAAUGGCAAUGGCCAGAUCUGGUGGCAGAACUCAUGCAAAACCAAUAAAGCUCUUCCUUGCAAGGAUGCGCCAACGGCUAUAACCUUCUACAAGUGCAACAACUUAGUGGUGAAGAAUCUGAGAAUCCAAGACGCACAAAAAAUGCAUGUCUCUUUCGAGAAUUGCAUGAAAGUUGAAGCUUCAAAUCUCAUAGUAACUGCACCAGAGAACAGUCCCAACACUGAUGGAAUUCAUGUCACAAAUUCCCAGAACAUCAAGAUUUCUAGCUCCACUAUAGCAACAGGUGAUGAUUGCAUUUCAAUCGUAAGUGGGUCCCGAGAAGUGCAAGCCACGGACAUAACAUGUGGACCAGGUCAUGGAAUUAGUAUUGGAAGCUUGGGAGAAGGAAAUUCAGAAGCCUAUGUUUCAGGAGUGACAGUAAACAGAGCAAAGUUUUUGGGAACAGACAACGGAGUUAGGAUCAAAACUUGGCAAGGAGGGUCAGGAAGUGCAAGCAACAUCAAAUUUCUCAACAUUGAAAUGCAGAGCGUCACCAACCCUAUAAUAAUUGACCAAAACUACUGCGACCAAAUCACACCUUGCAAACCACAGAGAUCUGCAAUCCAGGUGAAAAAUGUGCUGUAUGAAAACAUCAAAGGGACAAGUGCAUCGGACAUUGCCAUCAAUUUUGAUUGCAGCAAGAGCUUUGCAUGUCAGGGGAUUGUGUUGCAGGAUAUAAAUCUCAAACAGAAUGGAAGAGGAGAAAUGUCCAAAGCCUUAUGCAACAAUGUUCAAUUCGAUCACAUUGAACUUGUUACACCACUAUGUCCUUAAUAGCAGUCGGUCUUUUAUUAUAUGUUGACGUUACAAGAGACUGAUUGUAUGACAUAUAUCAAAUAUCUGUAUGUAUAUAUAUCAUAUAACGGAUUAUUAUAACUUUAAUUAGUUAAUUAAUAUACAAAUUAUUCUUUAAUACGA